AUCUACUGGCAGUACGGCACUUGAAGUUGCUCGAUAAGGCCGCGAACACCGUCAGUGCUGUCUAAGCGUUCUUUCCCGUCGCUCAUAUUCCCGCAUAUUCUCGGAGAGUUUUAUUACACGUCGAUGGGAUCGCGUGCCAUGUCCACAGGUGUCGUGUCGAUAUCCUACCAAACACUUGUAUCUUCUCCCUCCUCCCUAGGGACAUCCAUUGAGGAGGCGUUUGGAUCGCAUCCUCAGGCCCUUGGGAUUAUAUUGGUGAAAGAUCUUCCGCCUGUCUACCCCAUCUACAGAGAAAGGUUACUCAAGCUUGCAUACAAAUUUGCUCAUCUGGACGGGGAUGUGAGGGAGAAAUAUGCGGACCCUGGGAGUAUAUUCAGUUAUGGAUGGUCACAUGGGAAAGAAAUCAUGAAUGGACGACCAGACACGCUGAAAGGGUCUUACUAUGCUAAUCCCGUAGUAGAUAUUCCCAACGUUAAUACUGCUGUGAAAGCUGAAUAUCGACCAUUCUACGGCGAUAACGUUUGGCCGGACAAGAACGAAAUCGGGAUAGAAGGUUUCGAAGAAAGUUUCAAGAACCUGGGUAAAUUUGUUUUCAAUGUUGGGUGCCAGCUCGCGGUUGCCUGCCAGCCCUUCGUCUCCAAAUAUUUGACAGACGCGUCUCUAUCCCUCCCUGAACUCAUCAGUACCUCACAAACCACUAAAGCGCGCCUUCUGCACUACUUCCCUCCUUCAGAAAGUAACCCUAUCACUGAGGAUGAACCGAUCGAUAGCUGGUGCGGGUUUCAUAAAGACAAUUCACUCCUGACAGGGUUGUGUUCGGCUAUUUUCCUUCGUGAAGAAGUAGGCAUGGAGCCUGUUGCUGUUCCUUCACCUUCUCCGACGUCCGGAUUGUAUAUCAGAACUCGAGGCGGAGAUCUGACGAAGGUCUCGAUUCCUCCGGACUGCCUUGCCUUCCAAACAGGCGAGGCCCUGGAGCUGGUCACUGCUGGGAAGUUGCGGGCCACACCUCACUGCGUGCGGGUUGGGCAAACGCCAGGUGGUGCAAAGAUAUCACGCGAGACAUUUGCUCUCUUCAUGCAGCCCGAUACCCACCAACGUAUCUCUGAAAGCGAUACGUUCGGGUCAUUUAGCAAGAAGGUACUGGAGGAACACUAUGAAGAAGCCAGGACGAUGUGAUACAUAUAUUCUAUUAACGCAAAAAGUCUAAUAGCCAAAGUGAUCGAAAGUGCGUGCUGUACAAUGAGACAAGUGAUAAGCCAAUAGACAUAAUAAAUUACAGUCAACUUAUGAUUGCGGCAAUGUGGAUUGGCGGUGAUGGGUAGGGGUGAGUGCAUCUGGUAGCACAGACAUGACAGCGGCGGCAAGACUGUUACGUUUGAAAGUCGAGGACCGGUCAAGCUUGCCAUCACUCAAUCUACGUGAACUAGAUAGACGCUUGUCGUCGCUAUCAGAAAUUAGGCUCCAGUCUUCGCUGCCUCGGCGUGAAUCUCCUGAAUUCCAAGAACCAGAACCGGAGCGCUCCAGAGUAGAAUGUGAUGAUAUGACAUUCUGCUCGUCGCGGACAGCGGCUUCCACGUCAUGAGUCGUUU